AUGAAAGGCAUCGCACAAGAGAAUUAUGCAUACGCCCCGGACGAGCUCCCUAUGGGUGGCACGAUCCCUUCUGAGCGUCUUCCAGAGGGUAUGGAGAUGCCGCGCCUCUUUCAGCCCCUUGAAUUGACCUGCGGUAGGAAGAAGAUGGUACUGAAGAACCGCGUAGCAGCGGCGCCUAUGUGCAUGUACUCGAGUCGGGAUGGUUUCCCGACCCCGUUCCAUGUGGCGCACCUAGGUCAGAUGGUGCUUCAUGGCGUAGGUACCGUCCUCGUGGAAGCGACAGCCGUGUCGGCUGACGGCCGCAUUUCGCCGAAUGACAUGGGUAUAUACAAGGAGGAGCAUGUGCCUGCACAUGCUUCCCUCGUCGCCUCGCUGAAGAGCAUGUCGGGUGGCGUUCGUGUGGGUAUUCAGCUGGCUCAUGCGGGACGUAAGGCCAGUACUUGGCCGAUGGUGAAGACCCGUGCUUCGCCCAGCUCGCCCAAUGUCCCAGUCGACCAAGGUGGUUGGGAAGUGGUGGGCCCAUCGCCCAUUCCGUUCGGCGAAAAGUACCUGGUACCCCACGAGCUGUCCUACUCGCAGAUUCGUCACUUGGAGGACGAAUUUGUGCGGGCCGCUGACCGUGCUUUCCGUGCUGGCUACGAUUUCGUGGAACUGCAUUCGGCGCAUGGCUACCUCAUGUCGUCGUUCAACUCCCCCAUGUCCAACAAGCGCACAGAUAUGUACGGCGGGUCGUUUGAGAAUCGUACGCGUUUCCUCUUGAACAUCGUCCGUCGCAUCCGCGAUCAGUUCCCCGACAAGGGCCUGUGGAUACGUCUCAACGGCACUGAUGGUAUGGAAGAUGCAGAAGAAGAAAGCUGGACCGUCGAAUCAACGGUAGAACUGGCGCCAUUGCUCGAGGAGGCCGGUGUAGAUUUGCUGGACCUGAGUAGUGGUGGUAUCGGCAAAGAGCCCUCGUUCGCAAACAAGCCUGGUUAUCAGGUCCCAUACUCCAAGGCAGUCAAGGAUCUGGGCCUCAGCCGUAUGCAUGUAAGUGCUGUGGGCGCCCUUAACUUUGGUACGGAAGAAAAGCCUACUAUGUCUGGUCUAUUCGCAGAACAAAUGCUUCAAUCGAACGCUACGGACUUGGUAACGAUCGGACGUGCACUCCUAGGCGACCCAUGCUGGGUUGAAAAGGCGGCGGAGAACCUCACAGGUGUUCCAUGUGUGCAUGCCUUGCAGUAUAUUUAUGGUGUUGGCUCACUGAAGAAGUUCACGCCUGGGCAACCCAAGUAG